AUGGUUUGGCUUCUCGAUGAUCACUGGGACAAACAACACCGGUCGUACGCUAUGGCGGUGGAGCAGCGGGCGCUUGCACCUUUGAAGCUUCGUUCUCACGGGGUCACCCUUGGGUGGAUGCGCUAUGAUGAGCGAUACACACCGUAUGUAAGGGAGACAGGACUUCUCCCUUUCAUUCAUAUGCCUCCGGAACCAGCAGCAGAAAACAAGAAGAAGGAAAGAGUCGCAGCCGGUGCUACUUUCACGUGGAUUACUGAUCACUUUGGUACUUGCCCACCGGAAGCUGAUGAGGACACGGUCAAGAUAUAUGCUCGUGUCUACAUGUGGUAUGUGAUAUCCAGGACUAUGUUUGCUGAUGGCACAGGCAAGAAUGCUCCAUGGAUGUGGCUGAAGGCGUUGACCGUCUUCGAUAGCAAAUGGAGUUGGGGUUUGGCGACACUAGCUUACUUGUAUAGACAGUUGGACGAAGCCUGUUGUAGGUCAUCUGGAGGUAUUGGUGGUUGUUUGCUCGCACUUUCCAUAUGGAGCUGGGAGCGUUUGCCGGUUGGACGUCCGAAGAAGGUGAAGUACGAUGAUUGGGACGACAAAGGCGACCUACUACGGCUACCCACUUGGGCUUACAAGUGGGAUGUGAUAAAUGAGACGACAGAUGAUCCCUCGGUCAGGUACAAGUUGUGCCAGAGUGAGCUUGACGCGAUCACGCCUGAGCAGGCACAUCCGCCGGAGUGGGAGGACACGGACAAGUUGCUACACAACAACUAUCUCACAUGGUUUCUUGCAAGUACCCGUGUGGAGGUAUGCAAGCCGGCGUAUGCUGAGGAGAUUUUGGAAGAACCCACUGUUUUUGAUGAGGUAGCCCAACACCAGUACAACGCAUUAGUCAGGAAAGGCAACUCAGUGAUCCCUUCAGCUCCAAUGAUGAACUUUGUUGCUGAUGAUGAUAUGACCUUGGGGGCGUACCAGGUUAGGUCUGCAUACAUGCUAAAGCCUAGAAAGGGAAUCAACAAGUACACACCUGAAGACUUCACCGAAAGAGGCAAAAGGACGGUCGGCACCUCGCGGAUGGCGGCUUUGGAUGACUAUUUGGAUGACGAUGUCGAUGACGUGGAGGAACCGGAGCCGGAGCGGGAGCGUGUUCCUCUUCCUAGGAAGGUCAAGAAGUUAGCCAGCAAGAGGGGGGGAGCAGCCAAAAAGCGCUCAAGGAACUAG